UUAUUUAAAAUGCUAAACAUUUAACGAAACACUCCUCGCAGAUAUUACGUUACCGGAGAGAGACAGUGUUUUGACUCUAGUCAGAAAGGCUAAAAACUAUCUGAAAUGCUACCGCCGAACAGACCCAAAAGCGAAAGGGCGACUGGCCAAAAUCGAAAACGGUAAUUGUCUUUCCUCUGCUUAUCGAGAGCUUCUUCUCGAUUAAUAGCCCGCACUAUAUCCGCCUUCUAUUCUCACUGCUCAGACUCUAUUUCCGCUGCUUCCUUUCCACCGCUCGCCGUUCCAUUUAGAUUCCCUUGUUCCACGGUCACUGGUCACCGUCACCGCGACUAUAAUCUUGGCACCGUCGCACUGCAAGCAGUUGUUAGCAGCUCAGCGUUCCUAAUCGAUUACUGAAUAGUAUGAUGCCUAUCUCCAGUAGAGUAUGAGAAUGGAUGUGGAAAAUUUAGUCUUACUAUCAGGGAAGCUUCAAUUAUAGCAUCGUUCCAGUCUUUCAUCUCCUAGCCGCGACAACCAUAUUUUGUGCAUCCCCACUUCCUAUCCCUCCCACAGUCUUACUAACCAGAAAUGAGAUAGAAGCUGAUGCCUUCAAAUCUUGCUUUAGCACCAUCUUUGCGUGCAAUUUUUGCAAAUUGAAGUUAAGAAUCCCCUUCAACUCGGCUUAGUAUGGUCUCCAAAACCCCACAAUCGUCUCUAUGUUGUAUUGCUGGUGCAUCAUCGCUUUCUUCAACAAUUACUUCAAGUGGUAAACUUUCUUCCUUGUUCGCUAAUCAACAUACAGACACCAGUUCAAAACCCAGAAACUCAAAUGAAGUCACUUGCAAUUCCAAAUAUGAACCAAGAAGCUCAAUCCCCAACCCUCAAAGCAAAACCCCACUCGAGAAAUUUUUGAACAUAAAUUGUAAGUCAGCUAAUAUCACUCUACAUGAAGCAAUUCACUUCUUCAAUUGCAUGAUUCAGAUGCAACCCACUCCUGUAAAUUCAUCAUUCAAUCUUUUGUUAGGUGCUCUGGCUAAAAAUAAGCACUAUUCUGAUGUUAUUUUGCUUUGCAAAAGAAUGAAUUCAGUUGGGUUGUUGUCAGACUUCAUUGCAUUGAAUAUCUUGCUUAAUUCCUGUUGCAAUGUGAAAAGGGUUUCUGAUGGUUUUGUGGUCAUGGGGGUAAUAAUGAGAAGGGGUUAUAGGCCAAAUAUUGUGACUUUUACUUCUUUGAUCAGGGGAUUGUGUAUGAAGGAUAAAAUUAGUGAGGCAGUUAGACUUUUCAAGAAAAUGGGCAUGUUUGGUUGCAGGCCUAAUGCAUUUACUUUUGGUACUUUGAUUAAUGGGUUGUGUCGAACAGGGCAUACAGGUGUUGCGCUUAAGUUGCUUGAAAAAAUGGUUAAUGGGAAUGGUGAAUCAGGCAUGAAUUGUAAACCUGAUAAAAUUUCUUAUUCUUGUAUUAUUGAUCGUCUUUGUAAGGAUGGUUUAAUAGAAAAGGCGAAAGAACUUUUUGUACAAAUGAAAGAUAUGGGGAUUUUUCCAGAUGUGGUUGUCUAUAGCUCGCUUUUACAAGGUCUAUUAUCUUUGGGUGAGUGGGAAGAUGCUAAAUGCUUAGUUAUUGAGAUGGUGGAUUCGGGUGUGCAACCUAAUGUGGUUACAUUUAGCAUGUUGAUUAAUGCACUUUGUCAAGAGGGAAAGAUAGAAGUGGCAUAUGGAUUAUUUGAACUGAUGGUUCAGAGUGGUGUAAAACCAAAUGCCUGUAGUUACAACUCAUUGAUUGAGGGCUAUUGUUUGGUGGGUAUGAUUGAUAAGGCGACAGAACUUUUUUCUUCUAUGGCGACUAAGGGGAUUCAACAUGAUGUUGUAAGCUACAACACAUUGAUCAAUGGUUAUUGCAAGAAUUGGAAGGUACAUGAAGCUAUGAAAUUGUACCGGGAUAUGAAGGGCAAAGGGAUUCGACCAACUGUCAUUACAUACAACAUCUUGUUUAAUGGUCUUUUCCAAGCAGGUAAGGUUGAGGAUGCACGGAAGCUAUUUGGCGAGAUGCAACAUCCAGAAAAUCAUGAUAUUUCACCGGAUUCCACUACUUAUUUAAUUUAUCUUCGUGGCCUUUGUGAAAAUGGUUGUGUUUCUGAGGCAAUGGAUGUGUUUCAUAGUUUAGAAACCUGCAAGUUUGAGUUAAGUGUUGAAAUAAUCAACUGCCUUAUUGAUGGCUUGUGUAAAACAGGAAAGCUUGACAUUGCUUGGGACCUUUUCUAUAAAUUGUUUAAUGGAGGUUUAAAGCCGACGGUUGUGACCUAUAAUGUCAUGAUCCAUGGACUUUAUAAAGAAGGCCAACCGGAGAUGGCAAAUGAUUUAUAUUUGGAAAUGGAGGAGAAAGGCUGCAUUCCGGACGUUGUGACCUAUAGUAUCAUGAUCCAUGGACUCUGCAAAGAAGGGCAAUUGGAGAAGGCAUAUGAUCUAUUUUUGGAGAUGGAGAAGAAAGGUUGUAUUCCAAAUGCGGUCACAUUUAAUUCCUUGAUGCGAGGUUUAUGCCAGAAUAAUGAGAAUGCAAAAGUUACUGACCUUCUUCAUAAAAUGGUAGCAAGAAAUGUGUCACCAAGUGCAGGUAUAUUCGAAACAGUAAUAGAGUGGCUCUCGAAGGAUGAUAACUACGACAAAUAUUUUAAAUUACUUCCACAAUUUCCUGUAUAAAAGCCAACGGAAAGCUGAUAUCAUAUGAUAAAACGGUGUCAACUAACAUUGGAAAAACACUCUAGGAGCUGCAACCACAAGCAUUUUGUAAAUUUCGAUUGUAUAACUGCAGUGAAAGCUUCCAAGGUGGGAUUUAUUCUUAACUUUUGUUUGACAUUUACCCCAAACUGGGAUUAAUUGUUUUCUUCAAGCAACGUCAAAAAAAUUGUAAAGUACAAGAAUUGAUUGAAUGAUAAAUUUGAUCUAUAUGAUUGGA